UCCCUGCCCCCUUUUACGUAAUACCCCUGCUCAGAAAACAUGACACUCAAUCGACUCGAGCAGAUAUGAAGUCUGAAGAAGCUGACAACAUCGAAGAAUUAAAUAAUUUACCCGUUGAUUCUAUUCGAAUUGCACCGUAUUUGUCAGAACUGAAACAAAAAGCAGAGGCAGAAAAAAGCACUGGACACUUGAAUUUGUCGGAAACUUUUUUGAUUCGGUUUCUGCAGGCGAGAGACUUCGAUGUGGCACUGGCACUCAAGCUGUUGAUUAACUAUCAUAAAUGGAGACAAGAAUGUCCGGAAAUAACAGCCGAUCUGCGGCCAUCAUCCGUCAUUGGACUUCUGCAAAACAAUUACCAUGGAGUUUUGACAUCACGAGAUGAUGCUGGAAGUCGAGUUCUAAUCUAUCGGAUUGGUCAGUGGAACCCCAAAGAAUUCACAGCUUAUGAGGUUUUCCGUGUGAGCCUCAUUACGUCAGAGUUGAUUGUUCGAGAAUGCGAGACUCAAAAAAAUGGACUCAAAGCCAUUUUUGAUCUCCAAGACUGGUGCUUCGCACAUGCCCUGCAGAUAAAUCCUUCCUUGGCAAAAAAGAUUUCUUCUGUACUCACAGACUCCUUUCCUUUGAAAGUACGUGGCAUCCAUUUGAUAAAUGAGCCCAUUUUUUUCCGUCCAGUCUUUGCCAUGAUCCGUCCAUUUCUUCCAGACAAAAUCAAACAACGGAUUCAUAUGCAUGGGAGUUCAUAUGCCCGAAGUCUCUCCGAUUGCUUUCCAGAAGCUAUACUCCCUCUUGAGUAUGGAGGAACCGGACCCAGCAUAAAUGAAGUAUGCCAGGAUUGGACUGAGUUCAUCAUGCAGUCUGAAGACUACCUCCAUAGGCUCUCUCUGGACUUCGGUGGAGGAGAUGCCUCUCAGUCAGUUCUUUAAAAAAUCAGGACAAUGUUGCUGACUUAAAGUUUAUCAAAAAAUGAAAAUGGACUCACCCUCAGGCCAUUCAAGAUUCUUAAAUGAAACAGAUCUGGAGAAAUUUAGCAUCACAUUACUACAGUGAAUAGGUGCCAUCAGAAUGAGAGUUCAAAGAGCUGAUAAAAACAUCACAGUAAUCCACAAGUAAUCCACACGACUCCAUAUAUUGCUUACUUCAGUGAAAAGUCAUGUAAUCUGAAUCAGGAGAGAAAUAUGAACAGACCAAACACUGUUUUUAAGCUAAAAAUGUCCGAAACAGUUCUAAACAAUGUGUCUGUGCAUGGCCUGAGAGUGAGUACAUUUUCAUUUUUGGAAGAAAUGUUCCUUUAAACUGUAAAGCAUAUUGUUGUAAACUUAUAUGCUUUACUUAUAUCCUUAUAUCUUAACUUCUUUCAUAUUGCACGCUUUUUUAAUUUGUCUGCUUCUAAAUAGCUCUCCUGAUAUUCCAGACUGGAAAAAAGUGACAUUUACUUAGUUUAACAUAUUUUUUUGAAUAAUGUGAUUUUAUUGAAUUCCAUAUCAAGCAGAUAUUCAUUGCAAGUACUUGAUACCUCUGAAGAUACAAUAUAGCAUCAGAUGUUUUUUUACCUUUAUAAGAAGGAUUCAACAGUCACUUGUAAAUAACACAAGUAGUGUACAAUGCUGUGCGUGACCAAAAUAUCAAAGUGCCUUUGUUCUUUUUACUUACUGAGUUGUCAAUGUUUUUAUUGUCAUAUCAUACAAUGGAUAUAACUCAGGAUGUUACAAAAAUCUUCUGGAAGUUAGAUAAUGAACUGCUUUGUUGUAUUGUUGCUCUUAAGAUCUGUAAUGUAACUGUAAACAGCAGUGUUUAUUAACCUUUACUGCAUUUUAAAUAAACAACUGAAGACAUGCACUUAUUUAGUCUACACCACGUGGGAUUAGAAAAAAUGGCACUUUGGUCUAUUGCCUUUUGCUCUGAUUCUUAAACAAAUAUAAACAGACUAAUGACCUUACUGGAUCUCAUCAUGUUUACAGAUUUCCUUAAAUGUGAAUUUCUGAAACGAUGUAUAUAAUCCUUAAUGUGCACCCUUUCUGUCAGACAGUGUGUCUAAAGAUGAAGAAAAUUACUACUGUUUUAUAUUAUUUAAUUUUGCUGUCUUUACUUGUUAUCAAACUAUAGCUAUUCUGUUUUUUUUUUUCAGUUUAAUGUACAUUAUCAUAAUGAUGAAAAGAUCUACGCAGACGUAUUAAUACACAAUGUGCAACUCGAAUAAACUUGGCAGCCAAACAA